AUGGCGGCGGCCGCACUGAGGCACCUGGCUCAGCCUCCGGUAUGGGGCGUCUGCUCACGUCCCUGCAGCGUGGGCCCCAGGGCCCUGGGCAGUGAGGCGAUCGUUCCCAUGACUGGAAAAGCGCUUAUGGACCCUACCCAGGGUGGUGUGACCUUUGAGGACGUGGCUGUGUAUUUCUCCCAGGAGGAGUGGGGGCUGCUUGAUGAGACUCAGAGACUCCUGUUCUGCGAUGUGAUGCUGGAGAACUUUGCAAUUGUAGCUUCCCUGGGUUCUUGGUCUGGAACAAAGGAUAAGGAGGCAUCUUCUAAGCAGAACGUUUCUGUGGAAAUACAAGUCAAGACUUCAGAGACAGGUUUAUCCACCCAGAACACUCACCCCUGGGAGAUGGGUGUUCCAUUCUUGAAAGAUAUUUUGCACAUGACUGAGCAAGCAUCAUCCCCUGAGCAGAAUCUGUGCUUGGAAGAACCUUAUGAGGGUAGCAAAUGUGAGAAAGACUUCAGCUGCAAGUACAGACUUGUUCAGCACCAGGGAAUUCACACUGGAGAAAGGCCGUAUGAGUGUGGUGAAUGUGGAAAAUCCUUUAGAUACAAGUGCUUACUCAUUUACCAUCAGAGAGUUCACACUGGAGAAAGGCCCUAUAAGUGUGAAGAAUGUGGGAAAUCCUUUAGAGAUUCCUCAACCCUAAUACAGCAUCAGAAAAUUCACACUGGAGAAAGGCCUUAUGAGUGCAGCGAAUGUGGGAAAUGCUUUAACCGAAAAUCUGACCUUAAUAAACACCAGAGAAGUCACACUGGAGAAAGGCCUUUUGAGUGCAGUGAAUGUGGGAAAUUCUUUGGUCGUCACUCCCUCCUUCAUAAACAUAAGAGAAUUCACUCUACAGCUACGCCAUAUGAAUGCAGCAAAUGUGGAAAAUUUUUUAGUUAUUGAUCCAGCCUUAUUCAACAUCAGAGAAUUCACAUUAGAUCCAUGACAUAUGAGUGUGGUGAAUGUGGGAAAUCUUUUAGCCGCAAAUCUUUACUCAUAUACCAUCAGAGAGUUCACACUGGAGAAAGGCCUUAUCAGUGUGUGGAAUGUGAAAAAUCAUUUCGCCAUCGUUCAGCCUUCAUUCGACAUUGGAAAAUUCACACUGGUGAAAGACCUUAUGAAUGCAUCAACUGUGGAAAAUUGUUCAGUCGUAGCUCCCACCUUAAUAAACACAAGAGAAUACACAAUGGAGAAAGGCCUUUGAGUGUAGCGAAUGUAGGAAAUCCUUUUGCUACAAACAUGGCUUCAUUUGACACUGGAGUUCACGUUGGAACAAAGCCUUACAAGUGUGGAGAAUGGGAAAUCCUCUAG